AUGGGCCUGCGUGACGACCUUCUCCGCGGCAUUUACGCCUAUGGCUUUGAGCGCCCGACCCCGAUUCAGCAGCGUGCGAUCAAGCCGCUCUGCGCUGUGCGAGACACCCUCGCGCAAGCCCAGUCCGGCCAGGGCAAAACUGGCGCUUUUACCAUCGGCACCCUCCACACUCUCGACCUCAACGAGCGCGACUGCCAGGUGAUCAUUCUCUCAAACACGCGCGAGCUGGCAAAGCAGACGGCGGAGGUCGUCGCGGGCCUCGGCCAGUACAUGAACGUGUCGAGCAUGGCCUGCAUCGGCGGCCAGGCGAUGCGCGAGUCCAUGGAGGCGCUCCGGCGUGGGGUUCAGGUCGUGGUUGGCACGCCUGGGCGCGUGCUCCACAUGAUCACAAACGGCGCGCUCCGCACCGGCCGAGUCCACUACCUCAUCCUCGACGAGGCGGACGAGAUGCUCAAGGAGGAGCGCGGCGAGGGUGGCUCCUUCAAGGACCAGGUCCACAGCAUCUUCGACACGCUCCCGCCCUCGGUCGCGGUGGGCCUCUUCUCUGCAACGAUGCCGGACGAGGUGGUCGCGCUCUCCAACAAGUUCAUGCGAGAGCCCAUCCGCAUUUUGGUAAAGCGCGAGGCCGUCACGCUCGCGGGCAUCAAGCAGUUCUACAUCCACGUGGGGGACCGCGAGGAAUUCAAGCUCGAGGUCUUGCUCGACCUGUACGAGACAAUCACGAUCACGCAAGCCAUAGUCUUUGCCUCCUCCCGCAAGCGCGUCGAGUGGCUGGCCGCGCAGCUCAACGAGCACGACUUCGCGUGCAGCCAGAUGCACGCCGACCUUGACCAGCGCGAACGGCAGGCGACCAUGCGCGCGUUCAAGACAGGCGCCACGCGCAUCCUCAUCAGCACCGACGUGCUCGCGCGCGGCAUCGACGUCCAGCAGGUGUCGCUCGUGAUCAACUUCGACCUGCCCCGCGACCGUGAGAACUACAUCCACCGCAUCGGGCGCGCCGGCCGGAACGGCCGCAAGGGCGUGGCGGUCAACUUCAUCACCACCGACGACGUGCGCGCGCUCCGCGAGAUCGAGCGCUUCUACUCGACAGAGAUUGACGAGAUGCCAAAGAACAUUGCCGAGAUGAUCGGGUGA